AUGGCCCAAUAUGGCAAUAUCCCUUUUAUCCGUCUCAAUUCCCAAAUCACAACCCAAUUUACCUCGUUCUAUUAUCUCUACAUCAAAAAAACCCUUGUCUGCCUCUUCGUUCGUCACCGUCGAUCAACUUCAGCUGUUCGUCGCCACCUCCUUGCCGGUCAUCAGGUGGUCGUCGGCUCGCCGUCGCCUCGCCGGUCAUCAGGUGUUCGUCGGCUCGUCGCAUCGUCACUUCAGCUCGUCACCACUCCAGGAAAAAAUCACGGAUUUGAACUUCGAACUCAAAUAUGUCAAAAACGGAUGACUAUAUCGAAGUGGAAGACGAGACGAUUAAAGUUGACAACCCAACCAAUGAUCAAGUUCCACAAGAAAAAGAGAAAAAAACUAAAGAAUUCAACCCAAGAUCGAAAGUUUGGAAUGAAUUUGAAAGUGGUGCAAGAUGGCAUAAAAAAAGUUGAUAAGGCGGUGGAGAUAGUUCGAUGGGCGGUUAAAUGGAUUAGGCAAUCGCCUUCUAGAAUUCAUAAGUUUAUCGAGUUUGCUAAGGUUGCUAAUCCCGGUAUAACAAAAAACUUGAAGAGAGAUGUGCCAACAAGAUGGAACUCCACUUACCAUAUGUUGGAAAUUGCCCAAGCUUACGAAAAAACUUUUGAGAGAUAUGAUCUUGAGGAAUUUGAUUUUCGGUAUGAAAUUGAAAAGGCGGGUUUGUCGAUACCUUCAUCAAGCGAUUGGAAAAGGGUUAGGAAUGUAUGUCAUUUUUUAAAACCUUUUCAUGAUGUUACUUUGAGGAUUUCCGAGACACUUUAUGUGACAUCACACACAUGCAUUGAAGAUAUAUAUUCCAUUCGUACGCUCUUGGAUGAUGCUAUUUCCGAUUCUAGUCUUUGUGAUAUUGCAUUGGCCAUGAAAAUAAAGUUUGAUAAGUAUUUUGGCGACAUAGAAAAAAUGAAUUUAUUGCUCUACUUUGCUUUGAUUCUUGAUCCGAGGAACAAAGUAAAGUAUUUGGUUAUACUACUUGAGGAUCGUUAUGGAGAAAACGGGGUGGAGGCCAAAAAGAAAUAUAUCAUGGAUUCUAUGUAUGAAUUAUAUAAUGAUUAUAUUAGAAUUCAUUCUCCAAGUUCUACUUCAAGUACUGCCGAGUCUACUACUUCAUCAUCGAUACUAGGGAAACGCCAAAACCCGGAUUUUAUGGCACCUAACCCCCCAUUAAGAAAUAAACUAAGAGAAAAGAUGAAGACGAACAUCGUUGAAUCAUUUGGGGAGUUAGAAAAAAUUGAGCAAGAUGAAGUAGUGAAUGUGCAAGAAGAACGAGUAGGUGCAAGAAGACGAGUAUAUUUAUGAAUGUCUUUUGGAACUUGAAUGUUAUUAUUUUCAUAAUAUGUAGUGGAUUUCUAUGUUUUCUAGAUUUAAGACGUGAGUUUUUUUGGUAAAUGCAAAAUAUAUGCAUAUACAUUGAUAUCAAGUAAUUUAAAUGAUUGACUUUGG